AUGGCAGCCUCCACCGAAAGCGCGACCCAGAACGGCCCCAACGGGGCCCCGAGCGCCGAAGACCUCAAGGUGUUCGAGCUCUCGCAGAAGUACACCGCCGAAGCGGCCAAGCGCUUCCGGCCCGAGGGACUCGGCCAGUUCGUCCGGCUCCGCGAGUCCAGCAGCGAGCGCUUCCGCGCGCUGGCCGAGGACCCCUGGGCCGACCACGCGGCCCUGAACGCGGCGCCGCCCGUCCCGGACGGCGCCGAGCGCAAGUUCCUGAUCCUCGGCGCCGGCUACGGCGGCCUGCUGUUCGCGGCGCGCCUGAUCGACGCCGGGCUGGCGGUCGCGGGGCCGGACGACCUACUGCUCGUCGACGCGGCCGGCGGGUUCGGCGGCACCUGGUGGUGGAACCGCUACCCGGGCCUGCGCUGCGACGUCGAGAGCUACGUCUACAUGCCGCUGCUCGAGGAGACGGGCUACGUGCCGAAGAACAAAUACGUCUCGGGCAAUGAGCUGCGCGAGCACGCCUGCCGCAUUGCCGCGCAGUGGAAGCUGGAGGACCGGGCGCUGUUCCGGUCGACAGUGAAGGCAAUGAGGUGGGACGACGCGGCGCAGCGCUGGACGGCCGAGAUCACGGAGGGCCGCGGGCCGGGCAACCCGAGUCGGGAGCUGAAGGUUCAUGCCCGCUAUGUCCUGACCGCGUCGGGGAUCCUCACGAACCCGCAGAUCCCCAAGAUUCCGGGCCUCGACUCCUUUGCCGGGCCCGUGUUCCACACGGCGCGCUGGGACUACAAGGUCACGGGCGGUACGCCAGAGGACGGCACCCUCACGGGGCUGGAAGGCAAGCGAGUGGGCAUCAUCGGCACCGGCGCGACGGCUAUCCAGGUGGUCCCGCGGCUGGCCGAGUAUGCCAAGGAGUUGUACGUGUUCCAGCGCACGCCGUCCGCCGUGUCGUGGCGCGGGCAGCGUCCGACGGACCCUGAGGAAUGGAAGACAAAGAUUGCCACCAAGAAGGGCUGGCAGCGGGAGCGGAUGCUGAACUUCGACUCGUAUGUGACCGAUGCCGCCGAGGAGGGCCAGGAGAACUUGGUGGCCGAUGGGUGGACUGAGAUGCCCGCCUACUCCGCUGUCCUGGGCUCACCCCGGCAUCCGAUCGUUGAGCCCACGCCGGAGAAGAUAGCCGAGCACGUUGGGAGGCUGUACAAGCUUGACGUAGCCCACAGCGAGGCCAUGCGCGCGCGGGUGGAGAACAUCGUCAAGGACGCCGAGACAGCCGCCAAGUUGAAGGCGUGGUAUCCGACGUGGUGCAAGCGACCGACGUUCAGCGACGAGUAUCUCCAGGCCUUCAACCAGCCCAACGUGCAUCUCGUCGACACGGAUGGCAAGGGCGUCGAGUCGGCAACCCAAAGCGGUCUGGUGGUCGCAGGGAAGGAGUACCCCCUCGACAUCCUCGUGCUCAGCACGGGCUACGUCACGCCCAGCAUCGGCGGCGGCAGCCCCGCAGCACGCACGGGCAUCGAGGUCUACGGCCGCGGGGGCAAGUCUUUGGACGACAAGUGGCAGCAGCACGGCGCGGCCACGCUGCACGGCGUGUGCUCCAACGGAUUCCCCAACCUAUUCUUCGCGCCGCUGUCGCAGGCCGGCCAGGCGGCCAACAACGUCUUCACGCUCGACGUCGGCGCCGAGCACGUGGUGCACAUCAUUGAGAAGGCCGAGGCCAGGGCCAGGGCCGAGGCGGGGCUGGGCGGCGGCGGCGGCGGCGCCGUGGUCGAGGUCACGAGCGCGGCCGAGGAGGCCUGGUCGCUGGAGAUCAUGAAGCGCGCCGCCUGGUUCACCAGCGUCAUGGGCUGCACCCCGGGCUACAUCACGUCCGAGGGCGAGGCGCUGCGGCAGCCGCAGGACCAGGCCGAGAGGGCGAAGAAGGCGCGCGCCGGCCCGUGGACGCAGGGCAUGGCUUCGUUCCUUAAGGUGCUGCAGGAGUAUCGGGCGGACGGCUCGCUGCAGGGCUUUGAGGUUGUGCCGGCCGGGCUGGCCAACUGA